AUGACAACACCAAUCCUUGCAAAUCAGAGAGCAAAAUUAACCCGAAUUGAAUACACUGAGGAAGGCCCUGCUAUGAAGGCUCUAAGCUCUCUAGGCCAAUGGACAUUCAAUUGCACUUGUUUUAAGGAUACAGAGUGCAUCUGUCCCUGCGGAUACCCACGGUCUGCGAGCUCUGGGAUCCGGAAAAGGCCUGGCUCUGGGAUCACGGAAGCCACGUCCUCUCGGCGUCAAAGGCCCACCCGCCGGCUCCAGGGCCAGUCACCAGGACAGGAAAAGAGGGUCCCGAAGGCCACAGAAGGCAUCGCGAACCCCAGCUGGGGCUGGGGAGGAGCUGAGUCCCCACUCCGCGCCUCACUUACCUCGUUGGAGCCUCGGGGUCUCCGGGCGGCGAGUCGGGGGACGCGCUGCCCACAGGGCGGUGGCUGGGGUCGGGCGCCAGCCCGGCGCACAGCCCCCUCCCCCGACUCGGCGCCGCCCCUACCCCAAAGCAAACGCUGGAGAACCCGGAAAUUGCCCAGAACGGGAACCGACUUUCGCGCCAACCGCGCGGCCGCGCUUGCCUUUUCCGGUGGAAGUGACGCCAUUGGCAGCUGCAGCAGGAGAGCGGAAAUGUCAAAAGUAGAGGGCUGUGCCUGGCCGCUCCUGAGAAAACUGGAAGAUGGUGUGCCGUGUCAGAUCACGAGGCCAUGAAUUGCACCAGUUUCCGAGACAAUAUGAAAAAAGUGUUCCCGGCAGAUGGUCCCCUUGUCACCUGCGUGGAGAGAAUGUCUUCCCUUGAGUACAUUGAGGCCAUCGCAGUUAAGUCACUGCUGCCUAAAACAGAAUGGAAGAGAGCCUAUACUUUCGUUUUGUUUUUCUGCACUUGCUGUUGUUUAUUGCUUUCUCCCCACAGGAACCAGACCAUGCUUUAGAGGAGAAAGAAACAAGCCAAAGAUCUGAAAAUGCAAGGACUGUGGGUAGAGAAAAAUGUAGCUGCUCAACAUUCAUUGAUAGCAAAAAUCAUAAUCCUAAUCAUAAUUAAAUAACUAAUAGAGAAGGAUUCAAUCUCAGUAAAAUACCUGUGUCAAGCAAAGCUAGCAUUACAUUGAAAGAGAAUCUAUAAAGACUCAGAAAUAAACAAGAAGCUCUAGUGUCAGUAUUAUUACUAAAUGUUUUUGGAAGUUAUGGUAGUGCAAUAAGAUAAAAAAUGCAUAUGAGAUAGAAGAAACGAACAAAAACACCAAUAUUUUCAGAUGGUGGAAUGCCUAGAAAAUAUAGUAGAAUCAAGAGAAAUGUUGCUAUAAUUAUUUAUUAAUGAAUACAUUAGUUUGGCAAAAGAUAAAUGUAUCAUAAAGUCGUUUUCAUAUACCAACAGUUGUUAAUUGUGAAAAAAAUCCCAAAAUUGUUAUCUCAUUUACAUUUAAAAUAAUAAAAAGAAAAAUGUUUCUGGAAAAAUAUUAUAUGAGAGAUCUGCCAGGCUUUUACCAAUAUAAUAUAGGCUGGGUGUGGUGGCUCACACCUGUAAUCCCAGCACUUUGGGAGGCCAAGACGGGUGGAUCACUUGAGGUCAGGUGCUUAAGACCAGCCUGGCCAACAUGGUGAAACCCCAUCUCUAGCCAUUUAGAAAAAUACAAAAAUUAGCCCGGCAUGGUGGCACACACCUGUAGUCCCAGCUACUUGGGAGUCUGAAGCAGGAUAACCCAGGAGGCAGAGGUUGCAGUGAGCCAAGAUUGUGCUACUACACUCCAGCCUGGGCAACGGAGCGAGACUCUGUCUCAAAAUAAAUAAAUAAAUAAAAUAAUAAAUAAAUAAAUAAAAUAUAAAAGUCUGUAACAAGUGAAUAAUAUUUAUUAACAAAUGAAAACACAUGCUGUAUUCCCAGAUGGAAAGACUAAAUAUCACAUACUUGCAUACUCUCCCAAAGUUAACUCAUAAAUUUAGUAUAAGUUUAAUCAAAAUACAGACUUUUUAAAAGAAUCAAUAAAAUAUUUAUAAAAUUCUUGAGAAAAAGUACAUGCUGAAAUUUUAAAGUUGUAUUAUGAAAAAGAAAAGUAGCAGGGGAGUGGCUGAGUCCUACCUAAAACUAUACCAUAUUUAAAUAACAGUGUUGCACAGGACAGGAUACUGGCAGAUAUAUAGAAGACCCGGAAGAGAACAAAAUUCAGAUACAUUGUCAGCUUUCUGUAUAUCCAUUCAACUACCUAAUUAUCUACAUGAUAUGAUAUAGAUGCAAACUGUGAUAGACAUUAGGGCACGAGAGUCCUAGGCUUAAUAAAUUUAGGUAAGAUACAAGUAGAUUUGUUCUUUAAAUCAAAUUAAAUUGAAUUUUUAUUUGACAAAUAAUAAUUGUACAUAUUUAUGGGGUAAAUGUGGUGUUUUGAUACAUGUAUACUAGAUUUAGAUAAGUAUAAUAAGGCAAACUUGCCAAACAAAUGACUGAGAAAGGAGUCUUUAGUUGGACAACUGGGUAGCCAUUCAGAAAAAAUAAUCAAGUGAGCUUCUUAAUCCAUUCACCAAAAUAAAUUCCCAGCUUGACUCAACUUGAUUAAAAGACAUAGACAUAACUAGAUAAAUUACAAAAGUAGACAAAUUUGGAAAUGUAAAAAAUUUUAAACCAUGACAAAGAAAUGUUUUUAAAAAGCCCUAAGCAUGCCAAAAAAAAAUCACAUUAGCUAUAACAAAACCACAAACUAUAUAAAGAUGUCAUUUAAACUUAUAAGAAAUGCUGAAGAAUAAAAAAACUAUAAACAAGCCAUUUGCAGAAAAGACAUUACAACUAAGAAUAUUAACAAUAAAGGAAAAAUGUUCAUCCUUUUUAAUAAACAAAUAAAUGCAAAUAAAACCAUUCUAAAAGUAACAGUUUAUAUUUAGUAAUGUAAUGACAUUUCUAAAGUGAUAACACUUCUCACUGGUAGGUUUGCAGUGAAAUUGGUAUGCAUUGCUAUUGGCAUUAUAAAUCAUACAUUUCUAUAUCAUUUCUGGAAACCAAUUUAGAAAUAUUCAGUAAGGGUCAUAAAGAUGUGCAUAAAUUUUCAUCUAUUUUUGUAGUGUGUGUGUGUGUGUGUGUGUGUGUGUGUGUGUUUGUUUAUGGGAAGAGAGAGGGAGAGAUUUGUUAGAGGAGUUUGACCUUAUACAGUUGUGGGUGCUAGUUAAGCAGUCUCUAUAAGACUGUUGUCUUUUUGCAUCUGUUAUUGGGGUUUGAAGAGGAGUCAGUCAGGAAAGAAAGAUAUAUGUAAAGUGGGAAAAGGCAAGAACUACCUGGAGGCCAUAAUCAUGAGCUGGAGCCCACGGGAUGGACUGAAACCCAUGUCAAUUCUCGCUGCUUCUCAUCUUGAUGGUGUUCACAAGGCCCAGCGGCCUUCUUGCCCUUUUACCUGUACACUAAAUCUCUCCUUUUCUUAAGGUAAUUCAUGUCAGUUUCUGAUGCAUGCAUUUAAUAGAGUCCUAACUUUAUACAAACACACAUAGAUACAAAUAUACAUACAUAUAUGAAUAUAUAUUGUAAAAUAUUUAUAAGACAAAGUGGGAUGGAGGAAAAGGGAGGCAUACAGAAACAUAAUAGUAAAUUCAGAAAAACUCAAGUUGCUUUAAUGUCAAUUAAUAAAUGAAUAAAAAGAAUGAUUUCCAUGAUGGGUAGGGAAAUGAUCCAACCUCAUUGUGGAGAAGAGGCUGUGAAGUUGCUUGCUUCUUGAAGGAAGGAACUUUUGGCUGACAGAUCCCUGCCAAGGGAAUCCACAUUUGAGAGUGCCAAAUCUGACUUCUUAUGGAUGGAAAUAUUCUACAAUGCAUUCACUCACAUACCCAACAAAUGUUUACUGAACACCUACCUGUGCUAGGUGCUCCUCUAGGUGCUGGGAUUGAGUAGGGAAUAGAACAGACAAACAUGCCUCCACCUUCAUGGAGCUUACAUUCCAGAGGGGAGGACAAACAAUAAACAGAGUUUGUCACAUGGUUGAUAAGGCUCAGAAGGAAAACAAAGUGGCAUCCAGCAUACAUGAGGGGGUAUUUUGAAGACUGUGGUCAGGAAAGGCCUCACUGAGGAGAUGACUUUUGAGCAGUGACGUGAUGGAGGCGAAGGAGGCUUGAGUCAUGCAAGUGUCUAUUGAGCAAGUGUCUCUAGCAGAGGGUUAGAGGAGUCUUUCUCAGAGGUGAUGGGCGUCAUGCGUGGUUUGAUCCCUUCUCUUUCAGGCAAAUGAAGCAGAUGCUGUGACCAUUGAUGGAGGUUUAGUGUUUGAGGCAGGCCUGGCCCCCUACAGCCUUAAGCCCAUCAUGGCAGAAUUCUAUGGGUCAAAAGAUGGUGUGUUCUCCCUGGGGACCAGUGUCUCCGGUCCAACACUGCAGCAAUGGUGGGUGUGGGUGGCAGGGGCCCUGUCAGCAUUACACUUAGUAGGGAACAAAGUUGCUGGAGCUCUUUGGAUUGAAGGAGGCUGUCUCUGAUGCUAACUCCUGAGGGCUGGGAAGUCGGCUUUUCCUGGGCGACUGUAAACUUUGCACAUUUUAAUAGAAACUCAGCUGGUGCUGCUGGCUGUAGGGUAUCUCCAGCCUGAGAGGGGAAUGCUGUCCAGAGUCUGUUGCUCACCCAGUGGGGUCUCACCCAUGAGAGGCCCCUCUCUGGAGACACACCGGACCUGACUGCCUCUUCCUUGUGCUAACCCUGCCUGGGCAACAGAACAUGGGCCUGGGUUUAUGGUGAGGAGAGGUUUGGGGGAGUCUAAGAAUGAGGCUUUGCCUCUUUCCCAUACUUGUCCAUUAGUGUUAUCGUGUCAUCAGUGUGUGUGAGCACAGCUGGCCUCAGUCUGACUCUUGCAGGGCCCUGACAUAUUCCUGGGAUGCCCCUGCAUCCUUCAUCUCACACCUUUACUUCGUGUUUGAGCUGCAGGGAGAACUGCUGUUGGGAAAAGCGGGAAAAGGAGAAAAGCCCUCAGGGAGAAGCAGAAACAUCACGAUGGCUGGGCACUGAAGCUCUCCCUAAGUGCGCUCCACUCAGUAGGCCCUGUAAUAGCUGGUGCCCUCGAGGAUCCUGUCUCCACUGGCUUGGAGGGACUAGCAGAAAAAAGAACUAGUGUUUAUUGCCUUGAAAAUGGACGGUGUUCUCUCUCCUGUCAAUUAAGGGCUUUUUUUCUUUUCCUAGCCACUUGCAGGGGGAUGGUGAGGUCCUAGCAUCCCGAGUUCUGCAUGGUACAUGCUCCAGAAGAUCAGUGACAAUAUGGCAUCUUCCUUUGGCUCUUCUUCCUCUCUGCUCCUUUGCAGAUUCACAAACCCACCAUUAUGUCAUUGCCAUGGUGAAGAGGCCACCAACUUCCAGCUGAGCCAGCUCCAAGGCAAGAAGUCCUGCCACAUGGGCCUGGGCUGGUUUGCUGGAUAGAACAUCCCCAUCAGUUCACUGCUUCCCCCUAGCUCCCUUGAAACCAAUGAGCCAGCUGGGGCUGGGUGUGCCCAGGCAGGGCUCCUGCACCAGUCACCCGCAUGGGCUGUGCUGGAGUCACACUGUCACUGUGAAGUGUAUGUGUCCACGGCCUCCAAGAUGGA